AUGUCUGCCGUCAUCAACUCACGGCCUACAUCUUCGGCAAGUGCCAAUAGCAUUGGCGAAGAGGCACGGCCAGCUUUGCUUCACAAAAUCGAAGGUCAUGUGGCUCGAAUAAACGAUGUGGUGCUGUUAUCCAAGGAGGAAGGAGUGUGGACGGCAAGCGAUGAUCGAUCCGUCAGACUUUAUCUCAAACGAGACAAUGGACAGUUUUGGCCAUCUAUUCACAAGAUCAUGCCUGUGGCUCCCACUUGCAUUCAUUACAGUGAAGAAACUUCUCGACUUCUUGUGGGCCUUCUCAAUGGUCACGUAUACGAAUAUCAUGUCGCAGAUGACUACAACUCCAUGAGCGACCCCGAAGCUAGAAGGUGGACCAUUCAUGCUGGUCCUAUAUCUGGUCUAGGAAUCGCCUUAAAUGCUGAACUAGUGUUCAGCUGUUCAAAAGACAAAUCAGUUGUCUGGCAUUGCUCUGAAACGGGAAUAAAACGGGGCGCUUUUCAUUGUGACAGCAGUUGUACUGCGAUGGCUAUUGAUUUACCAUUCGUAUUUGUUGGUGACCAUGGCGGAAAUGUAGUUGUAGUGAGACUCACUGGAGAGACAGCGCAGAUGGUUAGCAAACUGAGCGCUCAUACAGGACCUGUAUCUUCGUUGGCGUGGAAUAGGACAAAGGAAAUACUUUAUUCCGGAAGCCAUGACAACUUGGUUAUUAUGUGGGACAUUGGUGGGAAACGUGGCGAAGCCUACGAACUCAAUGGGCACUCCUCGAAAAUUACUAGUCUCGUUGUCGCUCCUGGCGCUGCGCGACUCUUUUCUGCAGACGAUGCAGGGAAGUUAGUAUGCUGGGAUAUGUCUGCUCACAGACUAGAGACACCUGGAUGGAAAACCGCUGAUAAUUGUGAAGUUUGCGACGCACCGUUCUUUUGGAAUCUUACUGCCAUGUGGCAAAGAAAGACGGUGGGACAGCGACAGCAUCAUUGUCGAACAUGUGGAAAAGCUGUUUGCGGAUCUUGUUGCUCAAACUGGACAGUGUUUCCUCGAAUGGGCUACGAGUUGCCAGUCCGCAUAUGUAACAUGUGUCACAAGAAGAUGGAGGACAAUCCCCAACAAUUCAAUCUCACUCCGCUCUCCGUCCAACAUGAAAUUCGUAGCGGUGUGACAGCGAUGCACCUCCAGGAGACUUCAGGCAGGCUAGUGACGGCUACCCAGAACAGGGUGGUUAUGAUUUGGGAUAUACGAAGUAUGUUAUGA